GGGGACAGAAAGUGAAUGAGGAAGGAGAGGAUGUCAAGGCUGAAGGGAAACGUAACACCAUUCUGGAUCUGAAGCUGAAAGUUAAUUGGAAAGAGUGGGUGGUUGAUCCGGCAGAAAAUUUUUAUUACGUCUGGCUACAGGUCAUGAUCUUUCCUAUUGUCUACAACUGGGUCAUCAUCAUUUUGAGGACAUGUUUCACUGCAAUUGCACUGAGCUACCUGCCUGUGUGGCUUACACUGGACUAUGUGUCAGACCUCAUGUAUAUGCUUGACAUGAUCAUCACUGUUCACACAGGUUACUUGGAUCAGGGCAUCCUGAUAAAGGACCUAACUCAGCUGAAGACGCGUUACCUGCACUCUAAACGUUUCUUAAGGGACCUGGCUUCCCUGCUGCCCACCGACUUCCUCUACUUUGUCUUUGGCAUCCAAACUCCGCUGGUGAGGAUCAACCGCCUGCUGCGUUUGCCACGACUCAACGAGGCCAUGGAUCGCAUGGAGACGAGAACCUCCUACCCCAACACAUUCCGCAUCUCCAAGCUCAUGAUCUACAUCUUUGUGUUGAUCCACUGGAAUGCCUGUCUAUACUUUGCACUGUCAAACUACAUCGGCUUUGGAAGUGAUCUUUGGGUCUACCCCAACAUCACCACCGCAGAGUUUGCCUCCAUGCGCCGUCAGUACUUUUACUGCUUCUGGUUCUCUGCCCAGAUUUUCACCACAGUAGGAGACACCCCCCUGCCAAAAAGGGAGGAGGAGUACUUGUUUAUGAUUGCAGACCUGCUCAUUGCCGUGCUGGUGUUUGCAUCAAUUGUUGGCAAUGUUGGUAAUGUCAUUUCAAGCCUAAGGGACCGUGAUAACGUCUUCUUCCCUAACCAUGAGCUGGUGAAGGCAUACCUACGGAGCCAUCACAUUAGCAAGGAGCUUCGACAGCGUAUUGACAGCUGGUACCAGCAUCUUCACAUCAACAAGAAGAUCAUGCGAGAGAAUGAAAUCCUGCAGCAGCUGCCCGUACACCUGAGGACAGAGAUCGCUGUCAGCGUUCACCUUCCCACCCUCUCUAAAGUCACCAUCUUCCAGAGCUGUGAGAAAAGUUUGCUGGAGGAGCUGGUGCUUAAGCUAACACCUCAGGUGUUCAGUCCAGGAGAGUACGUCUGCAGGAAAGGAGAUGUGGGCCAUGAAAUGUACAUCAUCAAAGAGGGAAAACUCGCAGUUGUAGCAGAUGAUGGGGUCACAGAGUUUGCUGUGCUGAGUGAAGGGAAUUUCUUUGGGGAAAUUAGUAUCCUCAACAUCAAAGGUAACAAGUCAGGCAAUCGUCGUACUGCCAACAUCCGAAGCAUUGGCUUCUCUGACCUGUUUAGCUUGUCCAAAGAAGACCUGACAGAUGUGUUAUCUGAGUUCCCUGCAGCCAAACAUCACCUGGAGGAGAAAGGCAGACAGAUCCUCACCAAGAUGGGCAUGUUGGAGGAGAACGGGGAGGGAGAGCAGAAGGAGGCAGAGAAAGUUGAAACCAAGAUAAAGAGGCUGGAGAGAAACUUGGAGGUCUUGCAAACAAAACUAGCCCGACUUAUGAUGGAACUAGAGUCGAGCAACUGCAAGAUGCAAGCCAGGGUGGCGCAGCUGGGGUGGGAGGUGGCAGCGAUGGAGAUUCAGCUAGCAGAAGAGGGGGAAGAGGGAGAAACAGCACAAGGAAGAAGUGAAGGGGUGGGAGGGGAGGUUGAAUGGGAGCGAGAAGAGGCAGAAGGAGAGGAAGAGGAGGGUUCAGACGCAAAGGUGAAAAAACAGGGACAUGGAGAAGAUAGUAACGAUGUGACCAAAGAGGGAGAUGGAGAGAGCAUUAAAAGUACAAAGGAAGAUGGGGAAAGGAUAUUUGAGGGAGAUGAAUCUGGGCUGAAGGACCUGGAUGACCAGGAAAAGAAAAAAGAAGACGAUGAAGAGAAAAACCAAGAAAAAGGAGAUGACAGACCUGGGAAAGCAGAUGGAGCUGAGAUUGAACCUGAAGACGAGAAAGAGGAGAAAAGUGGAGAGAGAGAAUUUGAAGAGGGGAGAGAAAAGGCUGAAGACUCAAAAAAAAUAGGAAUGGAGCAGAAUGAUGAAGGGCAGAAAAAAUGA